AUCGAGGCAAAAUUAGGAAAAAUUGAAAAAAUGCUGUCUUCAUAUUUUGUACAUUUUUAUCUCGUUAGGAAUUGAAUUGUUCAAAAAAUACAGAAUAGUAGAACAGCGUCAAAUUUGCUUGCGUGGUUGUGUUUAAAUGUAUGCGAAUACGUGCCAAUGGACGGAGAGACGUUGAGAAGUAGAGAGUAGUUAAAAAACUCAAUUAUCACCCACGGCUUCGACAGACACUUUCAACACAUUAGGAGAUGGAUUCUAAAGAAAAAGAUGAUGAUAUAUACAAUAUCAAACAGGAGGAUCUGAAUGAUGCACAUUAUCAACAAUAUGCAAAUAAUGAUUCCACGCUUAUUCAAGAAAACAUUUAUAUAAAUGGUACAGGCAUCAAACAAGAACCUUGUGAAGAUUAUACAACAAUUAAACAGGAAACAUGUGAACCAAUUUACAAAAGCAGUGAGGAUUAUAUAGAUAUUGAACUUGAUGUUAAGACAGAACUUUCAGACAUUACACAAGUUACAAGCGAGGUAAAGAAAAACCUUUGCUCAGCUUCAGAGGAAACUAUGGGAUGUGAAAUAGAGCCAAACGGACUAUUGAAAUCUGAUGUACAUAUUGACAAAAAUGCAUUUGAAGGGUACAUUCCUGAUGGUUUUAUAUCUAAUAGCGAAUAUAAUGCGAGUGAUGAAAGAGACCAUACACUUGAAAGAAGUUCAAAAAAGCUAAAUAAAUCGAAUGAAUCAUUUAGGUGUGAGAUCUGUGGGAAGUGUUACAGUAUCAAAGAUGAUUUUGAAGAACAUGUUUUUUUGGUUCAUACAAGAAAGCGACCCUUUCAAUGUGAAACUUGUGAAAAAAGCUUUAUGUCAUCACCUAUGUUAAAACGUCACAUGUUGGUUAUGCAUAAUGACAAAAAGCCUUUCAAGUGUAAAUUUUGUUCAAAAAGCUUUCAGUGGUCUUCUCAAUUAAAAAGUCAUGAAGUCAUUCACACUGGGGAACGGCCAUUACAGUGUAACGUUUGUGAUAAACGUUUUAAACAGACUGGUGCGUUGAGAUAUCACGAAAUGAUUCAUACUGGGAAAAAGCCCUAUAAGUGUAAAAACUGUUCAAAAUGCUUUCCAAGAUCUGCUGAUUUAAAAAUACAUGAAACGCUUCAUACAGACCUACGGCAAUAUGAGUGCAAGGUGUGUACCAAGAAGUUUAAAUGGUAUGGCAGUUAUAAACUACACAAAAGAAUACACAUCACAGAUAGUAAAUUAAAGUGUAAAUUUUGUGGAAAAUGUUUACAAACAGCUAGUAGUUUGAGACAACAUGAGAUGAUUCAUACUGGAGAAAAACCUUUUAAAUGCAAAAUUUGUUUAAAACAUUUUAGGCAUUCUAGAACUUUGAACUGUCAUAUGCUUUUACAUACUGGUAAGCCCUUUAAAUGUAAAGUAUGUGCAAAAGUCUUUCAAAGUGCUAACAAUUUAAAAGUACAUGAGCUCAUUCAUAGUGGAGUCAAGGCUUUUAAAUGUGAUACGUGCGAAAAAUGCUUUGUAGAUCCUUAUAGAUUGAAACGGCAUAAAGUGACACAUACUAAAUCCUAUAAGUGUGAAGAAUGUCAAAUGGGUUUCAGACGACUAUUUGAUUUGAAAAAGCAUAAAAAAGUCCAACAUGAAAGGACACGCAAUAGGACAAAAAGGAACUUUAUGUGUCACAUUUGUGAUCAAUCAUUUGUGAAGUUUAGUGCCUUAAAGUCACACAGACUGAUACAUAGUAACGAAAAUGUGUACAAUUGUAAAUUGUGUGAUAAGGUGUUUGAAAACUCAGGUGAUUAUGAAAGCCAUCAAUCUUUUCAUAAAAAAGAAAACUUUAAAUGUAAAUUUUGUAUGAAGUAUUUCAAUGACUGUGAUACAUUAAAAAUGCAUGAAAUGUUCCAUACUGGAGCAACACCAUUUAUAUGUAAACAAUGUCAAAUGGGUUUUGAAACGAGAAUUGAAUUGAGAAAACAUGAAAUACUCCACUCUGUUAAACAUAAAGUACCUAAAUUAGACAAGGAAUUUAAAUGCAAACUUUGUUCAAUUACUUUUAUGCAGGCUUCUACAUUAAAGAUCCAUGCAAUGACACAUUUUGAAGAAAAAACAAUCAAAUGUUCAAUAUGUGAUAAGAAAUUCUCAAGACGAUUUGACUUAAAGAUACAUGAAAGGGUUCAUAAAUAACUGAGAUAAUUAUGUUCUUUCUUCAGUUACAUGUAUGGAUGCUAGUAAAACUCUACAUUUAUGUUGUAUAAAAAUACAAGGCAUUAACAUGACAAAAUGUCACCACCUAGUUGCUCACAAUAUUAUUUGUUCAAACUUAAGUCAGAUUUGAAUUUCUGAGAACUCUGUAGAUGAUUUUGAAAAAAUGGUCAA